AUGAGUCAUCCACCCUGGCCUCAAUCUUUAUUUCAAGAUAGUCCACUGGCCCCCCGUCGUCAUCCCUCGGAUUGGAUGAAGCCACAAGAGUCGCUGGCUCAAUCGAAAGUUCAAGAACCUACACAAAACUUUACACCGAGCGUUUCUGGAGCUCAGAGCUCCUUCUAUGGUCCUCUACCAAAAGAACAGCAACGAUUUCCUACAAAAGACUCGGACAAUACUGAAACUAUGGAGAAGGGCAAUGGGGAGAAUUCGCCGCAACUCCCAGGACCGAAUAAUGCCGAAGUUAUGGGCGGUCACAUUGGAGAUAAUUCGGCACCCCUUUCAAAGUCAAACAAUGAUGAAGCUUUGGGAGUUGGAAACGGACACAACCUGGCGUCUGAUCUUCGGGGCCAGCUUCUUUCGCGGAAUUAUUUCGUCUUUCAUAUGGACAAAGGCUUUGUCCUCAGCUACAGUAAUUUAAAUGCCACUGCUCUUUCUUACGUUUUGUAUUAUAUCAAUCAAAUUUUGCCCACAGUCAAGCGGGAAGACAUUAUCAGUACAUACAAAACAAUGGUUCAGAUGGAAAUGAGCGACCCUGCUAUGGACGGAAAAUCGUUUGAGGAUCGUCUAAUAUAUCGGAACGCAGCGUUACUUAAACAUUUUCACUUGGAUCCGAUGACAAUCCCCGAUAUUUGCCACAGACUGGUUGUAACAUGCAGCAAUAGGACAGUCCCCGUGAUCAUGCUCAACGACGGACGUGGUUUUCAACCUCUAAUCGCUCUUCUCUGCCUUCUCAAAAAGAAAGUUAUUUUUAUGGCUGACUUCGAAGGGGAUAGCGGUGAUGCAAUGUUGAAAGGUCAUUUAGACCUGGUUCUGACAAAUACGAUUAAUAUGGUGGGAAUUCCAGCCCUUUCCGUGUUAGCAAGAGCUCCGGUUUAUAUACGUGAUUUUUUCGGAGUUAACAAUCCCAUGAUGGAAGAGGUAUUAAAAGCUCCAGCUAUGGUUUUAGGGAGCAAAGAAGAUCAAUUACUGAAAAGGAUAAUGGAGGAUCUAUCAUGCAAGGAAGAUGAUACGGUGUUUGUGGGCAGUAGUACAUAUCCCUUUGAACCUCCAACACUGCCGGAACUUCUGCAGGUGGACACCACGGCACUGAAGGAAGACUCGCAAGUGUCUUCCACACAGAGGAUGCGGUACAAAGUUGAUACAUACACUACUCUGGAAGAGAUUCUGGCGGGCAAGUUUCAAUGA